CGUCGCCAGGGGGCGCUCGGGAUCCGCGCUGCUGCUGCACAGUGAAGACGCCGUAGAAGAAGAGUUAGCAUUGUAAACACAAGGAUAUGGCUGACGAGAGGGGUGGAGGUGAGGACAACAUUAACGACAACAUGGGGAACCAGCUACAGCUUUUACCAGACAAUGAGGAAGAAGAGGAGGAAGAUGACAUGGAGACGGAGGACCGAGACAGUGAGGAGGCAGAGAAGCCCAACAUCAUCACCUUUGACCCUAGUCUGCCCACAUCACAUGCUUAUCUGGGCUCAGACAUGGAGGAGUUCCACGGUCGUACAGUCCACGAUGACGACAGCUGCCAGACCAUCCCCGUGCUGCCACACACGUCUGUGAUGCUGGUGCCGGGUCAGACGCUGCCUCUGCAGCUGUUCAGGCCGCAGGAGGUCAGCAUGAUGAGGAGCGUCAUCCAGAGAGACCGCACCUUUGCUGUGCUCGCACACAGUGAUGCAGGUGAGCCGGAGGCAGAGUUCGGGACAACUGCUGAGAUCUAUGCAUACAGAGAGGAGCAGGAAUAUGGCAUCGAGACUGUCAAAGUGAAAGCUGUGGGGAGGCAGAGAUUCAAGGUCCAUGAGAUAAGAACUCAAGCAGACGGGAUCAGACAAGCCAAAGUACAGAUCCUCCCAGAAAGAAUACUUCCAGAUCCCCUCUCUGCCGUGCAGCUAACACCGCUCUCCAGGCUCCAUGUGCACCCCUCCUCCAAACCCCCGACUCAAAGCUGCAAACAGGCCCAGUGCUGGUGGAAUAACUACCAACAGAGGAAGUUUCACUGUGCCAGUCUGACACCGUGGCCGCCCUGGGUCUAUGCACUCUACGACUCUGAGUCGCUCAUGAACAGAGUGAAGAAACAGCUCCAUGAAUGGGACGAGAAUCUGAAGGAUGACUCUCUGCCUACGAACGCCGUGGACUUCUCCUACAGAGUGGCGGCCUGUCUGCCCAUAGACGAUGCCCUGCGGCUCCAGCUGCUGAAGAUUGGCAGUGCCAUCCAGAGACUCCGCUGUGAGCUGGACAUCAUGGACCGGUGCACGUCACUGUGCUGUAAGCAGUGCCAAGACACAGAAAUCACCACAAAGAAUGAGAUCUUCAGCCUGUCCCUGUACGGCCCCAUGGCUGCGUACGUCAACCCGCACGGUUACGUCCACGAAACUCUGACUGUCUACAAAGCCAACAACCUCAACCUGGUCGGCAGGCCAUCCACACUGCACAGCUGGUUUCCAGGGUACGCCUGGACAAUCGCUCAGUGCCGAACCUGCGGGUCUCACAUGGGUUGGAAGUUCACAGCCACCAAGAAGGACUUGUCUCCACCUCGUUUCUGGGGUCUGACACGUUCAGCUAUGCUCCCCCGUAUCCCCCAGUCCGAGGGGGAGGAGGGGAGAGGGGGCUCUCGUCUCUUCUGCCUGUGACAUCGGACCAUCACUUCCCCCCAGUUAAAGAAAAAAAAACCCAACAACCCUGCGAGCCCCCUGAGCCUGGAUCUUCAGGCACUCUCUGGCUGCGAGUCAAUGCAUCACACACCACCUGUCACCCCUGGCAGAAAAUCCAUCACAUUAGUGGAAAAGGUCAUUCAGCCCUAGAAUGGCACUCUAACAGCUAAUUACAACAAAAUGGUGUUGGUGAUUGCUCCUAAAGGUUUUUGAAGUGUGGAGUCAGCAGAGAGAGGUGCGUCGUGGUAAAGUGAGACAGAAUUGGAGAAAAAAUAGUUUGGACAGAUUGACACGUGGUAACAUCCUAGCAUGCAGCGCCCUAAUCUGCACCCUUGUCCUGCUGAUUUCUUGGUAGCUGUGAACACAAAAACACAAAAAAGCUUAACGCGUAUUCAUACUACAGCUCUUUUCCUCUGUCUGACGGACGGUGCGGCUGCAUGCAGUGGAGAUAGAGACGUCGUCAGCAAGCUGUUAAUAUUUAAUCUGUUGUGAAACCAACCAGUUAAUAUCAAUUCACAAAGCGUUCAGAGCCUUUUGCGUGGUUUCAGUGGAGGAAGCUGUUUUGAAUGAGGUGCACUCAUGUAGAUCUGUCACUAUAGGGGAUAUUUUGGAUCUCGGGAUUAAAUUGGAUGUAUUUUUGUAUGCAGGAAGAUGGGAGCGUAAUUUAACAUUUUCAUCCAUGCGUGGAGACUUUGUGCUAUUUAUUAUCACUCCAGUUUUUUAAUGUAAUAAACAAAAAGCUGUUGUGACAAUAACGAUAAGGUGUAAAAUAAUCGAUAUAAUCGUCGUCUGUUUUGUAUUCAACGCCUUCUCAUUGUCUAAUCAGGUGAUAUGCUUCAGGAGACAAGCGUUAUCUCUGGUUGCACAAGUGGAAAUUAGACUGUUUUUUUUUUUUUUCCAAGGUCAGAGCUAAUUAACUCAAAAGCGAGAGGGGCAUUUACUCUUCUUUAUUGAGUUUGUUCAUGUUGUGUGGCAUGUGAAAAUGGUGUGCCUACGCCCUCAGCUCAGUGUCUUUCGAUAUGGGUACUGAGUCAGCGAGUGUGAAUGACAGAUUGUAAAUGGCAAAUUGACGGUGAGAAUUAGAUUUAUUUGGUGAUGUUUUUUUAGGAUUCACUUUGAUUUGUAGUCAUGCAGUUUUCAGGAUUUUACUUCUUGCAAUUUUGUUGCAAGGUGCUGGCUCAUGUUUGUAUAAAUAUAAAUGUGAAUAAGAGGCAGUUUUAGCAUCUGUCGCUAGAUAUAACUGGUGAAUAUGACUCUUUCUUCUCAUAUCGCUUCAUGUCACAAAGAGUUGUUCUGAAGUAAUCUUUUCAGAAUCAGGAAGCAGAGUAUUCGACUGCAAAACGAAACUGACCAGAUUGUGAUGAUGAUGCUGAUCUGCCUAAUUAAAGGGACAGUUCACCCCGAAAUCAACUAUACAUAUUUUUCCUACACUUGCCUGUAGUGUUAUUUAUCCGUCUAGAUUGUUUCGAACUCAGAGAUAUCGCCUGUCUCUCAAAGCAGCUUGUGUUGCUCAAGAAACGAUACUCAACAGUAAAGUCUCUUUCCAGAGACCAUGACCGUAUUACACAAAAUAAUCCGCAGACCUUGUUGUGAGCUGUUAAAUUAAGGAACUGAUUUCUUACUGCCGAAGUACACCCACCAACUGUACCAUCUACUCAUGGACGAGAAGCUAGCUAACUAAGCUAGCUGACAUUAUAUCUGUAAUGAGCAUGAGCCUCUGGUCUAGUUGUGGUGAACUGUCUCUUUAAAUGUUUUUGAUAAUGUCUUAAAGGAGUAGCUUGGCAUUUUGGGAAGUAUGCUUCUUUGUUUGUUUGUUUUUUGGCCAGGCUAGCUGUGUAUCAUAUUGUUUCCUGUCUUUAUGCUAAGCUAAGCUAACCGGCUGCUGGGUGUAAUAUCAUUACCAUACAGGUGUGGGAGUCUUGAUUUUAAUCAUUCUACACACAAUCUUUGGCAUGUCAGCAAAUUAGUGUAAUUCUCUAAAUGCCAUAACUACCCUUGGAAGGACGAUGCCUUUCAAAUGAAGAAUUUUUUUCAUGUUGUUCUCAUGGCCAAAGCAAACACAAUUCUGACUUAGAAAAAUUUACUUUGUGGUUUAAUGCACUGUUCACUUUGAUUCCACACAUUCAAUUUCUGUGUCAGUCGUAUUAGCCACGAUGCAACUUGACCGCUGCCAGUUCAGUUCGGAGAUGCUCGCGUGUUUUGCACGUGCCGGCUAAUCUACCCUCGAACUUCUAGCCUCAAGCAGAGAUGAUGGGUGUGCCACAGGGGUCUGUGAAGGUCCUUUCUAUCUGAACAACAGCGUCAUUCGGCCCACACCACAUGUUUUUCUGCUUUUGGAUUUUGCUGGAUGCUGCCAAGAUGACAAUGGCCAAAACUACCACACUGAGCUUCAUAAUGGCUCUUCAGAAACCUAUGACUUCACGGUGACAACAUCCAUCUAUUACACAGGACAUGCUUUGGAAAAUCAGUGCAGUUCCCAUUGAGCUUCCUCACAAAUGGGUCUGGAAUUUUUUUUUUUAAAUCCACUUUUUAAGUCUUUUACUUAUCAGUCUCUGUCGUCAUAUCAUUUCUCUUUGAGGAGAGGCUUUCGCCAUGAGAACAACAUGUGAAAUCUAAAAGCCCUUGUGAUAAUAUUCUCUGUCAUAUCACUGAUUUAGUGUUCGCUGGGCUGUCAGACUUUCAUUCACUCUCCCGAACAAUAAAAAGGAUGCUUCACUGAAGAAAUCAAUGGCUUGAAUCCAAAGAAGGUCUUUGUUUGUUUUUCCAUGAGAUUCAGUGUAUCACAGAGUAAAAUAAACAUGCAGAUGUCCCAGUCUCAGUUUGAUUGUUCAGA